UCUGUUGGAAAAUAUAUUCAAUUCUAGGUUUUCCGAAUAACAUGUCUUUCUGAAAUUGUUUGUAUUGUUUUGAAUUGUGACUUUCAGUUAAAUCGCGAAUUUAACUGUUUAUAGUUAACUUAUCAACGUUCAAGCGAUUCACCUCAGGGUCGGUAUUUUUUUGUUUCUAGAUUUAUUUGGCCUAUGUGUAAUCUCUUUCAAACAUGGUGCGUUUGACCGAAUCACUCAACUAUAUGAGACCUCAAUGGGGACUGAAUAAACGAUGGAGAAACAGAAGGCAUCCGUUCAACCCUGAUCUCAUUCUACCUCAUCCAGUUGAACGUACACCUCUUAGAUGCCGAAAUAAAGUCAUCCCUCGCAAAAGUCAAGAAGAUGACGUUGUUUGCAUCAAAGAAAUGUUGAAUCUUUUUGCUUGUAUGAAAGCAAAUGAAUUGAAUGAAAAUGAAUGUCCCAAAGAAUUAGCAGCUUUUCAAAAAUGCUAUUCCAAUUACAUUACUGAAUGGACGGCAAAACAAAAGAUUCAAGAUCCAACAGAACCAAUACCUGGUCAAACUAAAUUAACAUCCCACCAAGUUAAUGUAAUGUUAAAACGCUAUCCCCAAAAGAUUGAUAUUUAGUUAGUUUAUUGUAAUUUUUGAAUUUAAUUUGCUCGAUUGGCAAUCUUAGAACAAGGCUAAUCACACGAAUACACUUUCGUUACUUAGAUUAUAUCAAUUAAAAAUUUGAGCCAAA